AUGGCCAAUGAGUUCUACUUUGAGGGCCAUUCAAAGUCACAGGCACCUUGGAGGUUCCAUGAGGAUGAUGGCAACCGUGAAUACAAGCUGAAAGUCCGCACUUCCAAGGCGACGUUCUUUAAUUCCUCCAUUUGGUGUGGGGGUGAUCCCCUGUGGCAAGAGUUUGGCAAUUCACCAACGGGACUCUUGCUAAACAGUGAUGCCUGCGAAGAAAGAUGCGCAGAAGAUCCAGAUUGCUUCUACUUCUUGUGGAAAGACGAUCUUGGCUCAUUAAGCACAUACCAUUGCGCUGGCUUCAAGUACUGCGACUCUCCAACCCCAUACACUGAUGGCAAGGGGUCCAUCUUCAAGAAGUGGACCUGGCCGGUAGUGGCCGAAGAGUUUGCUCAAAAUGUGUGGUGUGGAGGCAGUGGGUUGUGGUCCGUAUAUGGUGGGAACGCAACUGGCCUUUUGACAGAUCAAGACACCUGUGAAGCAAGAUGUGCAUCAGAUGAUGCUUGUCAGUACUAUCUAUGGAAAGAUGAUCCGGGUGCUGACACCCGUUUUCACUGCGCAGGCUUCUCCUCUUGCUCAGAGCAAUCACCAUUUGGAGAUGGCAGCGUCACGAUAUUCAAAAAGAGAAGCAAGGCUCAGAGAGACAUGGACGGAUUGUAUCACACACCUGCGGGUAGGCAGCCUUAUGCAGACUUUUGGUACAACAACACGUGGGACCCGACAGCCCAGUACAAUGGGACCGUGUAUGGCCAGUGGGGUGAGUCGAAGACUGACACAGGCUUUGGCACUUACAUUGGCUCAGAUUUCCAUCAUAAUGGUGAUUUGCAGGAGUACUAUGACCCUUGGGAGAUCAAUCUAGGGAAGAUCUACGGUGUCAUGGACGACCUACGUCUUGAAAAUGAACGUGUCCAGCAAAAGUACAUUGCCAUGACCAAAGCACUGAUCACAAGUACUGACGUCGAUGGAUUCCGGGUUGACACUCCCAUGCAAGUGCCUCUCAACUUUUACAAAGUUUGGGCGCCUGCUAUGAGAGCCCAUGCCCAAACCCUGGGUAAGGAUCGCUUCGGUAUCUUUGGGGAGUUCUUCGUCUCGGUGCAGAGAUACGGUACAAUGACCGGGAGAGGGCGAGACAAUACGAUGUACAACCAAGACAUUUUCAUUGAUGACAUUUUUACCUUGAAGGGUGGAAUUGUGUACCCUUAUUACUGGUACAUCUUCACGGCCAUGGUCUACAAGCUGCCGGAGUAUGUUGAUGGGCUCCCCUUGGCAUAUGUGGAGGAGAACAAAAUCAUUGACACACUUGAUCCCGCCACCCAGCGCCACGAGUAUGCUAUGUGGACCUUUUGCAACAAUCAUGACAACUGGCGCCUUCAAAGCAUGACAGGAUUUCCGGAAUUUCACAUGUGCUUGGCUCUGAUCACCUUCUGGCCCGGCGUCCCACUUCACUAUGCAGGUGAUGAGCAAGACUUUGAUUCACCAGGAAGUGCCCUAGAUGGAUGGGCUCGAGAGGAGCUCAGUCCCUCCCUGGCCUGGCGUGCAGUUCGAACUCAACCGAAUGGGAAUCCUGCAGAUGGUGACAACUUUGACAUGACAAGCUCCACAUACCUGUACAUCAAGCGGCUGAAUGCCUUGCGGAGGGCCUACUUCGGUGAGUUUGGAAAUGAAGAGUGCGAUCAAAUUCAAACACCCACAUACAAGACUCCGGAUGUUCUUGUUUUCAUUCGUGGCUGUAGCGCUGACAAGAAAGUAUUGUUGGUUGCCAAUUUCCACACCUCAGAGCAACGGCUUGCAUCAAUUGAUGCCGUCCCAUGGUCCUCUGGCACUGUCUUGACAGACUGUUUGGUCAUGCAAAACGCAGUGCAGGUGUCGGUUGAGCAGAGCAGUGUCUCCAUUACCCUUGCACCGCUUCAAGUCUUGGUCCUCUCACCGGCUGUGGAAAGCGUUCCUGCAGCAGUUGUAGAGGUUUGGCCAAAACAUGGGUCGUCACUGAACGGUGAUCUGGGUCAAAUCAUCCUGAGGAUCAAGUUUGACAGAUCUAUGGCUGAUUCCAUUUCGAACUACGUUCUUUUGAAUGGUGAGGCUUCAAGCUUCCAAUGCUCUGGAGAUGAAUGUACCAAACAAGUUGACAUGUCAAGCCUGAGUGAUGGUCACCAUAGUCUGGAAGUCACCAAGGAUGCAUUGGACCAAGAUGGGCUUGCAGUUGGCGCAGCUUUCCGGAGCGAGUUUAUGAUUGAUAGGCAAGACGGUGUUAUUGCAAAUUCCAUUCAGAAGCUUCCCGGCUUGAUUUGCGACAAUGGUGCGCAGAUAUGUCAUAAAGCAACCGGAGCCAGUUGGUUCAGAGUUCAGAACGUCGGUAGCAAUUGGUCAGAGUGGAGGCAGUACAAUGAGAGUACCACCAAGUGGAAUGCGCAGUUCAGUGUCCCAGUUCUUGUUCAGUACUACUCCCGGUUGAGUGCAAGCUUCAUUGUGGGCGACUGCCUCGCCAAAACAGGAGAGCGUUGUCAUGCAAGCUGGCACGAGGAGAUGUUCUUGCGCGGGGAAUUCAAUGACUGGGGCAAACACAACGAGGGCCGCAUGAUGCUGAUUUCAUCCUUUACCUGGGGAAUCAAUGUCAGCCUGAGCGGAUUUGUGCGGACCAGAUUCACUCCUGUCAAGGACUGGUCUAAAUCCUACGGCUCACAUCCAGUGCGAGAGCUCCUAUACAACGUCCCAGAUUUUGAUCCUAGACAUCAAGACUUCAACGUGGUGCCAACUUUGUCUGGAUCAGAGCCAUGCCGUAAAUGGAUGACAGACAGAGAACUGUGGUCAGAGCGCGAGAGCAUCGCCUCUGGUGCUGAAUUUGCAACGGACCUCUGGCUGAGUCAUUUGUGUACCGCUGCAUCACCACAGUGCGUUCCGGACGCGACUGCGCAGUGGCAGUGCCAUGGCUACACUGAUGGACAAGAUGGAGCUUGGUGCGCAUCGGUUGGAACAGAGAAUUGCUGGGAGUACGGUGUGAAUGAUCAAAGUGAAGAAAUGAGUUCUUGCGGCCCAUGCUACUGCUGCAGGAGGAAAGUUAAAACUGCACCCACUGGAACAGAAUCUACAUGCUGUGUGAAGUUCAACGACCUCUUCCUGAACUACACAGUUACCUCCGAUUUGUCUCAGUGUGCACCUUCUGCUGCUCCACCACACCAUGUCAGCACAAGCUUCACUAUGCGCAUUCAAGUUGGGACCCCAUCCAACUUGGAACAAAUAUCUGUUGAGAGCUACAAAUCAUCCGUCAUUGCAGCCCUCGACAGUGUCACAGCCAGUGUGACCGUGGCGAAAGUCUCCUACAUGGUGCUCUCAACGUACCAGCUGUCUGCAGUGCCAUCUGAGUUGGAGAUUGUGAAGAGCGAGAUUUGCAGUCUCUUUGCGGCCGCGGAUUCCUGUGUGGUGCGUACACAGACAAUUACAGGAGGCAGAAGACUUCAAGGUUUGGCCACAAUUCAGGCGGAUGCUGAGGUUGAAACCAGCACGUUGAGCAGUGUCAGUAGCUUGGCGAACCUAGCAGAUGAUGCAACAGCACUUCAAGCUCAACUUGGCAGCAAUCCGGAUGUUGAUAGCAGCACGUCCCUGAUCAUAUCGCAGCCAGCUACUACCGAAAUGAAGCUGGUUACCGAUGUGACAACUGAAGAACCAGUGGCUCCUGCAGUUUUGAUCCCAGAGACUUCCACUGUGCAAACUGCACUUGAGAGCUCCACAGGUGUCUCGAUCUCAGUCUCACUAGCAACAACAACGACCACGCCCACAACCACAACACAAGGGCUUCCCAGCACUUCUCUCACGACGGCAGCCCAGACAUCAGUGGCUAGCACCCAAACGUCUGCGUUGCCUGCUGGCACAUGCAUGGAAGUGGUAGUCAGGAGUGCUGGUGGUGCCGAUGGGAACUAUGCAGACUUCUCCAUGAAUGGGCUACAGGUGGAACUCUCUUCUGGGCGUGGAUUCAGCAUUGUGAUUUUGACUGAAGAUGGUGGUGUGCAGAGCAAGCACGUAUACGAUACUGGUUUCGAAGGGGAAGGCUCCGGGCCACUUGCGAGCUUACUCAAUGGCUUGCCAGACGGGACCGCUGUACUGAUUGCAGCCAUGGAUGAUGCUUCAGACAGUUUGACACCAGAAGCGAGGUCGUCAAUCCAGAUGCUAGGAGCUACCAAAAUCAGCAGUCUUUCCUACAGAGAUUCCUAUGCUCUGAUCGGCAUCAAGGGGCAGUCUGCGAUUGCAGAGGCUCACUCCAGUGCUGGAGAAGGCCCAAUUGAGCUCAAAAGCAAUGCUGUUUGGAUGUCGUCUUGUCAAGCAAGCACCAGUGCCGCAACAGGAGGAUCUGGAGCCCCGCUGGCUCUGAGGGUCAAAAGCGCUGGUGGUGCAGAUGGAAAUUUCGCAGAAUUCUACGUGAAUGGGGCUCUUAUAGACAUGGAAUCGGCACGCGGGCUGAGCGUGGUUGUGUUGGGAGAGACUGGUGCCAUUGUGUCAAAGCAAGUGUUUGACACUGGCUACGAGGCAGAAGGUGCAGGGCCAUUGGUAGACCUGCUGGAGAGCUUAGCAGAUGGCACCAUUGUGAUGAUAGCUGCCAUGGACGACGCCUCUGAUAGUCUCACAGCGGAGGCAAAGGCCGCAAUAGCUGCUCUGGGUGCCACAAAGGUGGACCAAAUAUCUUAUCGAAGCUCCUAUGCGUUGAUUGGGGUGAAGGGGCGCACGGCAAUAGCAGAAGAGGUAGCUGCACCGGGAGAAGGCUCUCUGAUCAUUGAGGAGAACCUCACCUUCCCCCUUUCAUUCAGCUCGCUCAGCUCCACCUCACCAGGCGCGUCUUCAAGUGAAGCUGCACAAACCUCCAGCACAGGCUUGGUCGUCGAUGGGACAACAUUUUCCACUUCUCAGCAAGCAAGCUCGUCCGAAAUCGGAUGGAGCUUCGAAUUUAUUGAUGGGUGUGUCGGAUAUGCGAAUGUAUUCCGAAACGCUCUGGCACUUGCGUUGCUAUGCAUGAUGUGA